CGCGCUCGCUCUGACUCCGACUCGCCCAAGAGCUUCGGGUCCAUAGCUCGCACCAUGGCCUACACAGAGGACAGACUGACCGGUACGUCCUAUAUGUAGCACAUAACAGAGCGAGAAGGAUGGAGGAACAGGCGUGCCUCGUGCGCGCUCGCUCUGACUCCGACUCGGCCAAGAGCUUCGGGUCCAUAGCUCGCACCAUGGCCUACACAGAGGACAGACUGACCGGUCAGUAUGGCACCGGCGAGCCAGGUACAGUCAGCAUGACUGUGAACCCCCCUGAACCCAUGGACAAUGAAAGUGGCGAGCUCAUAGACUAUAGCGACACCAGCGCUUUAGACCAGUUCCAUGAGGACGCGCUGAGACAGGCCGGCUGCGGUAUAGCCCAACUGAAGGUGUACCUAGCAUGCAGCCUAGCGCUCGCCGGCGCGACCCUAGAACUUUCAGCAGUGCCCUUCGUGUUACCCUCGUGUGAGAUCGAGCUGUGCAUACUGCCACACGAGAAGAACUGGCUUGUGCUGAUCAGCCUGGUGGGCGGGGCGCUGGGCGGGGGGGGGUGGGGCGCGCUGGGCGGGCGGCUGGGGCGGCGGCGCGCGCUGCUGUCGGCGCUGGCCGUCAACGCCGUGUUCGCCGCCGUCGCCGCCUUCAUGCCCACCUACGGCACCUUCAUGAUGGCCAGAUUCUGCUCGGCCAUCGGCUCAGGCGGUCUAGUACCGACAUGCUACUCCUACUGCUACGAAGUGUCCCCGCGGCCGCACCGCCGCCGCCUGCUGUCCAUAUUGGUCAUCGCUCACGGCGUAGGAGCGCUACUAGCGGCCGCUCUCGCACAUGCAGUGCUCCCGCCUACUGGGGCUGACGCUUUGUUAGACGAUAAGGAGCAUUUCUCUGCGUGGCACAGGUACCUGCUGUUGUGUACGCUGCCAAUCCUCGCUUCGCUCGUGUCUCUGAUAUGGACGCAGGAAUCGCCGCGGUACUUACUAGAUGUCGGCAGGGAAGUGGACGCCAUGCUGGUUUAUCAGAGCAUCCACAGCAGCAACCAGGCGGGCUGGUGCGUGUCGGGCUCCGCCGAGUACCGGCCCGGGGCUCUGCAGCUGCCGCCUAAACGACCCGCAGCCCUGCACCACGUCAGGCACACUGUCAAAAUGUUCUGGCUAGCCUUCUUCCAGCUGUUUUCGAGCGCGUACAGAAACACCACGUUUUCCCUCGGCGGGGUGAUGCUAUUCUCCAUGGCUAUACAGUUCUUCCUAGCCUCCCACAUACCGUCAGCCGUACUCUCCAUAGAGAACCAAGAAUUCGAAGCCUCAAAAGUAAUAAUCGAGAACACGACAUACGAGAACCGUCACUUCAACGAGACGCUCGAAAACGUCGAAUACAGAAACGUGACGUUCAAUAAAUGCAGUUUUAGAGAUAUGAUGCUAUCUCAUGCGGCGUUUAGGAAUUGCUCAUUUUACGAUGUGGCGUUUUCUAAUAUAAAGACGUCUUAUGCGUACUUCACUGGGUCGCUGUUCGUUAAUACUACGAUAAUCGACACAGACAUAACGGUAGGCCGCGAGAUAGACACGUGGUCGGAGCUGCGCAACACGAUCAUACGAGGCAUGCGCCUCGCCUGCCUCCGCGAGGCGCCUCUCACGUGGCGGCUGGCCGGGGCACUGAGGGAGCAGGCACAUGCCGCGCUGGCUACUAUACUAGCUGGAUUGUUUGCCGCCAUUUUUGCCCCGACGCUGGCUUUAAGCGGAAAAUUUUCACCAAAAGGUAAGAUUUUAAAACCUUCGCUGUGCAUGCGGCUCGCCUGCCUCCGCGAGGCACCUCUCACGUGGCGGCUGGCCGGGGCACUGAGGGAGCAGGCACAUGCCGCGCUGGCUACUAUACUAGCUGGAUUGUUUGCCGCCAUUUUUGCCCCGACGCUGGCUUUAAGCGGAAAAUUUUCACCAAAAGAUUCGUGGUCGGAACUGCGCAACACGAUCAUACGAGGCAUGCGGCUCGCCUGCCUCCGCGAGGCACCUCUCACGUGGCGGCUGGCCGGGGCACUGAGGGAGCAGGCACAUGCCGCGCUGGCUACUAUACUAGCUGGAUUGUUUGCCGCCAUUUUUGCCCCGACGCUGGCUUUAAGCGGAAAAUUUUCACCAAAAGUGAUCCUGUGCGCGAUAUGCGUGUUCCUGUCCCCCUCUAUCUACGUGGUGCAGAGCGAGACGGCGCUAUACGUGGUGGAGGCGAUAUACAGGGUGUUCCUCACGCUGGUGUUCUACGUGGCUUGCGUGGGGAUCGUGGACUCGUAUCCUGCUAACUUGAGAUGCACAGCGCACGGGUUAAUAAUGUCGGUGGCGUACGUGGGCGGCGCCGUGGUGCGCGGGCUGGGCGCGGCGCCGCCCGCCGCCGCCGCCGCGCUGGCCGCCGCGCUCGCCGCCACCGCCACCGCCACCGCGACCCGCAUUGUAUUGGCUCCUGCACCCGCGCAGGCCGCAGGGGCGCGCCACGGCCGGCACGCACACUACAACAACCACUACGCCUACACAUACGCACACUACAACAACCACUACGCCUACACAUACGCACACUACAACAACCACUACGCCUACACAUACGCACACUACAACAACCACUACGCCUACACAUACGCACACUACAACAACCACUACGCCUACACAUACGCACACUACAACAUCCACUACGCCUACACAUACGCACACUACAACAACCACUACGCCUACACAUACGCACACUACAACAACCACUACGCCUACACAUACGCACACUACAACAACCACUACGCCUACACAUACGCACACUACAACAACCACUACGCCUACACAUACGCACACUAA